GCAGAGAAAUACAACGAUGUUACUAUGGAGACAGCCGUUUGGCGACUCUGCUGUUAACUUGACCACUUUUAAUUGGUCAACGGAACAUAUCUACGGCAAUUUCUCGCUUGAUUUCUAUGCACUUUAUCGUGUGUAAUUUUCAAACUGAAAAUAAUUUACAGCUAUCGAGAGGUUCAAAUACCACUUACCCAUCAGUUACAUACAAGAUGAACAGGACAGGAGACGUUGGGAAAACCCUAAAGUAUUUCUCAACCCAGUCGUCGGGGACCUUCGAAGAGUCCGCAGUAUUGCUCCCUCUACGCUCCCAAUGCGCCUAUACCAGGGAUGAAAAAUAUGCUGGAACCUCUAUUCCUGGGCAGCGCGCCUUAAUCAGAACCAUUAACACCAAAGCAAAAUGCUUUCCUCCUCAUCCAGCAGAGGAAACAGCCAAGAAUGUGAGAGUUGAGCAGUAUGGGCCAAGAACCUUGCAGAGCCACCGAGCUGUGUUCCCACAAUCCGAGGCUAUUCGCAAGAACCCUGGCACCCCUGAGGGCAGCAAGAGGCCAAGCAGUGAGGGUUUUCAUGACUCUCGCAGGGCCCCCCUCACAUUAUUUGCAGAGUUUCUGAAAUCAGUGAUGGAGAGAAAAUACAUCCUUGCAAGGAAACUUUGUCAAAUGAUUCUUAUUUAUGAGCCUGAGAACCCAGAGGCCAAACAAUUUAUUCCCCUCAUUGAAGCGAAGUUACUGAUGGAGCCGGAGGAAGACCAGGAGGAGGAAGACAUCGGCUUGCACACUAGUGACAGUGAUACUGAGAAUGAGGGGGGAUCUUUGGAACCUUCUAACUGCACCUGUUCAGAUGAUCUGGAGGAGGAAGUUGAGGCAUCUUCAUGAAGUGAUGGUCACAGAUGUUUCUGACCAAGGAAUUGAGACAUUCGGGCAGCAAUACUGCUGUUGCAGUCUUAUUACUUUUAAUAAACAUAGUAAAUUUCA